UAGGCUAUAGCUUUAGUGUUAAGGAGCCGGUAUCGAUGUUGUGUAUGUACCGGUUUUUCUCUCAUUAAUGAUACUAAUUGGUGGAACUUCAGACAUGUUUAGUUUAAGCGGACUUUCCGUGGCUCUUGCGCUCGCUUUAGUACCGACCGGCAGCGAAGCUUUGAAAGAGGGAGACUGUGAAGUGUGUUUAAGCUUUUUUGGGAAGUUUUAUCAGUCUUUAAAAGAUGACAACAUACAGUUCACCAGUGAUGCCAUUGAAAAGGCUCUGGUGAAAACCUGCAAAGAUGCCAAAGGAAAAGAAAAUCGACUGUGCUACUAUAUAGGAGCAACAAGUGACGCUGCUACAAAAAUCAUUAACGAGGUUUCCAAACCACUGAGUUAUCAUGUUCCAGUGGAGAAGGUGUGUGAGAAGCUCAAGAAAAAGGACAGUCAGAUCUGUGAACUGAAAUAUGAUAAACAAGUAGACUUGAGCACAGUAGACCUGAAGAAGCUGAAGGUGAAGGACCUGAAGAAGAUUCUGGAUGAUUGGGGAGAGUCGUGUAAAGGCUGCGCUGAGAAAUCAGAUUUUAUCCGCAGGAUCAACGAGCUGAUGCCCAAGUAUGCACCCAACGCAGCCCAGGCACGGACUGACCUGUAAACUCCUACAGGACUUAUGGGAUGGACAGAGUGGUAAAAGAAAAUCAAGGAUGGGCGAUAUACGUACACGCACAGCUAACCGACCAUCGACGGGGACCGAAGUUUUGUUUAUGUUGCCCUUCGUUCUACUGAUCGUGCAACCAUUCUUCCAUACUGUAAAUAACCUACAGUCCUGUCCUGUGUUUCAGCCCAAACUCCUAUAGUAUAAAUAAAGUGCAUAAAAAAAUCUAAAUUUUAAAGCAUUGAAUACCAGUUUGUACCCAGGCCAGAAAUCCUAUCCCGCUUCUGGACUGAAACAAAGUACAGCCUCAGUUUCAUUCUCUUUAUUCCUCACGUGACAAAACAUUCACGUCGGCAGAGACGAUAUUUAUUCCUAGACGCCACGAUUAAGAUCACAAGCCGUCGUCAUCCUGUAGAUCCACUGUAGUUUCUCCUCUUAGGCUUUUUAUUUGACUGUAAAUGGUGUAAAACAGGGAAAGUGGGAGAUGUGGUUCAGUUCAAAUGGACUCAGAUUAACUGUGGACGUGUCUGUAAAACGUGUUUAUUAAGGUUGUACUGUACUUUUUCAUUAAAAUAAGAAAAAAAAAUGCUUUUUUUUGCUUUUUUCCCCCCGAAUA